UUUUCGCAACAAGUUGUUGAAAAUUUAAAAAGCAAUUUAAAGAUGACAUUAGUCAACAGAAUAACUGUUUGAAGGCGUUAUGCAUUUAAAGACUAUAUGGAUGUACGACUGAAGAAGUACUUUAAGUACUAUAUGUCAUUUGCGGGAGAACCAGCCAUAGAUACAGGUGGCCCAAGACGUGAAUUUUUUACGGAAUGCCUCAACUAUAUACAGAAGAAGCUGUUCAACGAAAAGGGAUUUCCAGUAGUGAAUGUACAAGCCUUGGCCAAUGAAGAAUUCAAAGUCGCAGGAAAAAUUAUUGCUGCGUCAAUUGUUCAAGGAGGACCUGCUCCCUGCUGUUUUCUUCACAGGUGUACAAUUACAUACUGCAUGGUAUAUCAAGCGUACAUGCACACAACUGGUGUGGACAGUUAAAGGAUGACACAAUUAACUGUUGAAAAGAUCAAGUCUCGUGCAAACGAUGAUGAUUUGGUUGCAUUUCUAGAAGAAGACUCGACGAUUAAUGUUUUGCAAGUAUUUGAUUACUGUGGUAUUCCAUUUAAGGAGUCAAGAGAAACAAGCGACAAGAUAAUUAGGUCUCUUGAGAUAAGUGAUGUGCCGAAAACUCUAGCAUUUAUUGACCAUUUAAUAUCUGGUCUUGAGCUUCAUGCGGUUUUGAUUGAGUUGUGCAAAAACAGAAAUGUUAUGGAACCAUUAUUUACCAUUGAUGGAGCACAAAAAUUUGCAAUGACAGCUGAUCAUAUUGUAGAUCACAUUUUGAUAGAAUGCAGUCCUGAAGGAAGCAACCAAAAGUUAUUAGAAAUCAAUAUUCACAAGUUUUUUGUGAUUAUAUUCAAGCUCUUGAAGCUAAAACAGGAGCUACAAAUUGUUUGUCUGCAUUGUACAAAUUUAUAACUGGAGUCGAAACAGUGAUCCCACUUGGCAUGGAAAAAACCGCCACUGUGAAAUUCAAGCAUGGACGCAAAGUUGGUUGUAGAUGCAGACCAACAGCCUCUACCCGUGCUACAAGCUUAACACUCCCAGUUCAUAUUGAUGAUUCAAAGCAAUUUGAAGAUUUAAUGGAUGCUACACUUGCAGAAAGUUUUGGUUUUGGCUUCAUUUAAAGAAUACAGUAUCAAUUAUAUAUUUCAAAGACAUUUCUCUCUUAAAACGUUUUCAAUGUUAUAACAACUUAAAACUUUUAUUAGAUAACACAAACAUUAUUUUGCAUUAACAGCGCACGCAAAUAAUUCUGAUGCUUCCUGAUGGUUUUCAGGAUAUUGUAAUCUUUGCAACUCAACCAAGUAAUGAAAAUAAUCUUGAAAAGUAUUAUAAAACGAUUCAUUAUGGCAA